CGUGUGAACACAUUGCCUGAUGUCAUCUUGGAAGCGCUAGAGACGUCAUGAGCGUCUUACUGCCCAACAUGGCGGACUUUGAUACCAUUUAUGAGUUAGACGAAGAAGAUGAACGGAUAGUUAGUGAAGAGCACCUCGCAAGAUACUGCCCUGAACCUGUCAUCAUGCGAGGAGCUGGACACAUCACCGUGUUUGGCCUGAGCAAUAAGUUUGAUACAGAAUUUCCUUCAGUUCUCACAGGAAAGGUGGCUCCAGAGGAGUUCAAGACCAGCAUCAGCCGGGUGAACGCCUGUCUGAAGAAGAACCUGCCCGUCAAUGUGAAGUGGCUUCUGUGUGGCUGUCUGUGCUGCUGCUGCACUGUGGGCUGCAGUCUGUGGCCCGUCAUCUGUCUCAACAAGAGAACAAGAAGAUCUAUUCAGAAGUUGUUAGAAUGGGAAAACAAUCGAUUGUAUCACAAGCUGGGACUGCACUGGAAACUCAGCAAGAGGAAAUGUGAGAGCAGCAACAUGAUGGAAUAUGUGAUUCUUAUAGAAUUCUUACCCAAAUAUCCCAUUUUUCGGCCAGACUGAGGAGCCGGCGGGCAGAUUCUGGUGUUGUAUCCCUCUCUCCCAUCCUUAGUGCCUUGUACAUAUGUUGGACUGAGGGUCAUCACUGGCAUCUGGACAGCUCCCCUCCACACCCUAACCCAACCUCUUGUCUCCCCUCCCCGUACCUUGUACAGUAGAAGUUGCAACACUGUCACUUUGUUUUAGAGCAGAUUUUGCACAUUUCCUGAUGUAGUAGAAACGCUCCUUUUGUUGCACUGAAAAACAUUUGGUUUUGUUACAUACGAUGACAAUUGUAUUCUCAAGACAAAAAGACAACAGAGAACUGAAACUGUUUAAAAGUGCAUUUACCCCAAAGAGCCAUCAGUCCUCUUCACAUGUUGUAUCAAGAUAUCUUUGUAAGAACAGGUCACCUUUUGGUGCGUAUUUGCCUUAUGUUCAAUGACAACCUUUUUUUCUAAUGAGAUGAGUGGACGACAGGGAGGAUUUGCUGUAUAGAACUUGUUUUACCGUUUAACAGGUUCUGCUGUGAGGUUUUGGGCAUUGCCUUCUGAAACCAGUUGUUCUUUCCCCACAUCGGGGAAAAGGAGGUGUGGAAUGGUCUGGAUGCUUGGACUAGGACUUGUGACAGAAGUCAGCACCAUGGUUUUCCUGCACUUUUGGAGAUUCUCCUCGGGCUACGUGUAGGGGGGAUGUCACAUGACUGACUUGUAAAUAUAUAUUUGGAUAAGCUGUACAGUGUGGUAUGCCAUGUUUACAUAAUGUUUAGCAGAGUUCAUUUGUCUUUUUGUUUUGCCAAUAUAUACCUGUACUAUAGAUUUGUUAAUGAACAAGUGUCUCCAUAAUGUCUCCAAGUGAUAUUGACCCGUGUACCUUAGAAAGCCAUAACCUUUGAUGUACAUAUUGCCAGAGUUUAAGGCUGAACAUUGCACUUGAGUGAUGGAGGAGGUGAGGGUGCCUGUCUACUCUCUGGCUGACUCCCAGAGACUGGGCCUUUUACACUGAUACCCACUGGCUGUGGAAGCAUGGUCAUGCCAACCAAGGAAGCCAUUUCACAACAAGCAGAAGUGUCAUCUAUUUCAACUCAAGUGUCAUCAUGUGAUGGUUUCCUUUUCCAUUUAAAAAACCCCUGCACUUUGUUGUAUCCUCUCGCUCCUGCCAUUUUCAAGCGUCAUAGUCUUGGGGUUAACCUUUCACAUUUUACUUAUGUUGUUGAUGUGCUAACUGUGCCACAUGUGGACACUGUCUAGCACUCGCUGAGGAAGUUUGCCCUCUGAAGUGUGUCACUCACCAGUUAAUCUCCCUCCCUUUAUAUGUAGUCAGCCCGCUGCAUUAGAGUGCCUCUCGGACUUGUAGAUGAACCUUGGAGAAGAGCUGUGCUCAAGGACAAUGGUUUAAUUUGCCAUUAAUAUAUCGGUCUAACAGGGAGUCAGAAAUCUCCUCUCAGUAUUGGUCCUGUUAGAGUUCUUGUAAAUGUCUGUCAUUACCCAAUCCUACGGAAAAGGCUUAAAUAAAUGGUUGAUUUUUACUUCUCUUUUCCCAAAA